ACCAAUGAGGGGUCGGUCCAUGGUCGCUAGGAUACAGAGCAGGAGCCUCUGUACUGGUCAUCUUGAGCGGUUGAGACCAACUGGCAUCUUCCUGCACUUGACCUCACUGAACGGCACCGCAGAGCUAGAAGGGUCAGAGACAGCGCCCCCCAGCGCCCAUCAUGUCUGGGCAAAGGAGCCGCGGAGGGUCUUCUGAUCAUCAGAGGCGGAACCGCACCCGCAGCCGCACCAGCAGAGCUGAACUGAUCUUCUCCGUGAGCCACCUGGAGCACCUCCUGCGGGACGGCCACUACACCCAGCGUCUCAGCGCCAACGCACCCGUGUACCUGGCGGCCAUCAUCCAGUACCUGACGGCCACGGUCCUGGAGCUGGCGGGCAACGAGGCCCAGAAAAUCGGCUGCAGGCGCAUCACCCCGGAGCUGCUGGACAUGGCGAUCCACAAUAACGCCCUGCUCAGUGGCUUCUUCGGGAACACCACCAUCUCCCAGGUGGCCCCGGGCAGGCGGUAGCUUCCCAAUGUGACCUGGGCUCCCCGGGCCUCGGCCCACUCACAGCCCAGGCAGCCCGGGCCUGUCUGGCGCCUUGGGCCAAGUUAUUGAAAAUAAAGUGUUGAAGGAAACCCAUGUGCCUGCUUCAGUCACUCUGUGUGGGAGGUGGU